AUGCCAGAGCGCGCAAAGGCGGACAGCACGGGAGCGGAUCCGUGUCGGAGCGGCGCGUCUCCUCGCACAGGCCCGUUCUUUGCCUCUCUGAGCCCUUGGUCUCCACGCCGGACCGCCGUGGCUCCAUUGCCACCGCCCGACGUCCACGGAGCCAUUGCGGCGUCAAGGGCGGGCGACACAGACGUGCUGGGCAGCUGGCUCCAUGAGCACUUUCUAGACGUGAACGCCACCGUCGAGGAAGAGCACACCCUGCUGCACCUCGCUAGUGACGCGGGCCAGGCUGAGUCGAUCAAGCUGCUGCUCGCCCAUGGAGCGUCGACCGACAUUGUCCGUUGGCAUCCCACACCCUGCCACCCAGAUCCCUUGGGCACCAAGUCGCUCGCCGCAUAG